CCGUCGGUUCAGAACGACGUCAUCAGCAAGCGACCGAACUGGACGAGAACCGAAGAGGAUUUCAAGCGGAUUUGUUGGAUUAGCAGCUAAUUUAGCUGCUACUUUAGUAAUUUAUCAUUGUUGUUUUUAUUGGAAAACACGUUCCACGGCUCUAACUUCUAAUAACCCCGACGAGAAAGUCAGGAUUCACCGCGAGGAGACGCAGCAUACUGGUUUCCCUGACAACGGUCUCACCUGUAUCCGCUGCUCUCCUCCUCCAGCUGCUGCCGUCAUGGCGUCGGUGGAGCCGCGCGCCGACGGGGGGGGCAAAUGGCUGGACGCUCACUACGACCCGGUGGCUGGCCUCCAUACCUUCUCGUCCUGCGUGGACCUGGCAGACCUGAGCGGUGACGGCGAGAACCGCCUGGUGGUGGGCGACCUGGGCUCCGGCUCGUCGGGCAUGAAGCUGAAGGUCUACAGUGGCACGGCGCUGACCAGCGAGAGCACCCUGCUGGACCUGCCUGCCGGUCUGGUGGCCUUCUUCAUGGACCUGCACGAGCCCCGCAUCCCCGCCGUGGCCGUGGCGUCUGGGCCCUGCGUAUACGUCUACAAAAAUCUGCGGCCGUACUUCAAGUUCACGCUGCCGGGCUUAGAGGUCAACUCGCUGGAGCAGGAUGUGUGGCAGCAGGUGAGGGAGGGUCAGAUUGACCCCCUCACCCUGAGGGAGAUGUUGGAGAGCCUCAGGAAGACGGCCGAAGUCCCGCUGUCCGUCCGCUCACUCAGGUUCCUCUCCCUGGAGGCGGGCGACAUGGACGAGUUCGUCCAGCUGCACAAGCAGCAGCCAAUCAGACGGCAGACUGUCAUCACCUGCAUCGGGACUCUGAAGAAGAGCACGGCGGAUGAGGACGGCGUCAGCUGCCUGGUGAUCGGGACGGAGAGCAGCGAGGUCUUCGUCCUCGACCCCGAGGCCUUCAUCAUCCUCUCCAAAAUGUCGCUGCCGGCCGCUCCCACCAUGAUGGACGUCACUGGGCAGUUCGAUGUGGAGUUUCGCAUCACGGCAGCAUGUCGCAACGGCAACAUUUACAUCUUGCGCAGGGACUUUGACAAACCCAAGUACAGCAUUGAGUUGUCGUCCCACCCGGUGGGUCUGGUGAGGGUCGGGAAGAACGUGGUGGUGGGCUGCACCGACGAGAGCCUGCAGGGCUUCACCCAGAAGGGGAAGAAGCUGUGGAAGGCCGUCCUCACGGCUCCCAUCACCACUUUGGCCUCCAUGGACCUCCCCACCAGGGGCUUCCAGGCGGUUCUGGUGGGCCUGGCCAACUGCGAGGUCCACCUGUACCAAGACAAGAACCUGCUGAGCACCAUCAAGACACCCGACGUGGUCACCAGCAUCUGCUUUGGGCGGUACGGACGCGAGGACGGGACCCUGGUCUUGACCACCAAGGGAGGGGGUUUGAUGGUGAAGAUCCUGAAGAGAACCGCGGCCCUCGAUGAACGGGAGAGCGCCCCGGGGCCGCCGGCGUCCCAGAGCGUCCGCCUCAACGUGCCCAAGAAGACCAAGCUGUACGUGGACCAGACGCUGAGGGAGCGCGAGAGCGGCGUGGCCAUGCACCGCGCCUUCCAGAUGGACCUGAGCCGCCUGCGCCUGGCCGCCGCCAAGUCCUACGUGGUGGCCCUGGAGUGCAGCCUGACGCCGAUGUCCUCCAGCGAGCCGCUCAAGAUGAACGCCGUGGUGCAGGGCCUGGGCCCGGCCUUCAAGCUCACCCUCAACAUACAGAACACGGGCGCGCGUCGGCCCGCGGUCAACCUGGCCGUCAGCUUCCUGUACGACGAGGGCCUGUACCACAUGAGGAACCCGUACAUGAGGAUCCCUCUGCUGGUGCCCGGGCUCGUCUACCCCGUGGAGACCUUCGUGGAGUGCACCAGCGACAAGGGCAUCUCUGACAUCAUCAAGGUGUUCGUCCUGCACGAGGGGCGGAGCUCCCCGCUGCUGACCGCACACAUCAACAUGCCCGUCAGCGAGGGGCUGACCCUCUGAUGACAUCACACCACCUCCAACUUCAUUCAUAAGAAUGAAUAAUAGGCUCUCAAGUCUGAUGUGUGAAAAGGUUUAAACUGCAACCUGAUUUAAUAUUUAAUAAUACUUCAAAUGUUCUGUUGUUGGAGAUUCGUCCAGAAGCCGCAGACAAACAUUCUUAACGUUGUUUUGUGUAGAUUUCUCAACGUUUGUGUACUUAAAACAUUAGUGAAGAAGACGUUUUAUCUCUCAGGGAUUCAAAUAAAAAACAGAUUUAAUAAAACAAUGUUGUAAAGCAA